AUGAGGAUUUUUUCUGAAUCUCAUAAAACAGUGUUUGUUGUGGAUCACUGCCCUUACAUGGCUGAAUCAUGCAGACAACAUGUCGAGUUUGAUAUGCUGGUGAAGAAUAGGACCCAAGGAAUCAUCCCUUUGGCCCCUAUAUCUAAAUCAUUGUGGACUUGCUCAGUAGAAUCUUCCAUGGAAUACUGUAGAAUAAUGUAUGAUAUAUUUCCUUUCAAAAAGCUGGUGAAUUUCAUUGUGAGUGACUCUGGAGCACAUGUUUUAAAUUCUUGGACUCAAGAAGACCAAAAUUUGCAGGAGCUGAUGGCAGCAUUAGCUGCUGUUGGGCCUCCUAAUCCUCGGGCAGAUCCAGAAUGCUGCAGUAUUCUCCAUGGUCUAGUUGCAGCAGUGGAAACCCUCUGCAAAAUUACAGAAUACCAACAUGAGGCUCGUACUCUACUCAUGGAGAAUGCAGAACGUGUUGGAAAUAGAGGACGGAUCAUUUGCAUUACUAAUGCAAAAAGUCUCAUGCAGAUUCAGAGGUGUGAAUUGGUACUGAUCCAUACCUACCCAGUGGGUGAAGAUAGCCUUGUAUCUGAUCGUCCUAAAAAAGAGUUGUCCCCAGUUUUAACCAGUGAAGUUCAUAGUGUUCGUGCAGGACGACAUCUUGCUACUAAAUUGAAUAUUUUAGUACAGCAACAUUUUGACUUGGCUUCAACUACUAUUACAAAUAUUCCCAUGAAGGAAGAACAGCAUGCUAACACAUCUGCCAAUUAUGAUGUAGAGCUACUUCAUCACAAAGAUGCACAUGUAGAUUUCCUGAAAAGUGGUGACACCCACUUAGGUGGCAGCAGUAGAGAAGGCCCAUUUAAAGAGACAAUAACAUUAAAGUGGUGCACGCCAAGGACAAAUAACAUUGAGUUACACUAUUGCACGGGAGCUUAUCGAAUUUCACCUGUAGAUGUAAAUAGUAGACCUUCCUCUUGCCUUACUAAUUUUCUUCUAAAUGGUCGUUCUGUUUUAUUGGAACAACCACGCAAGUCAGGUUCCAAAGUUAUUAGUCAUAUGCUUAGUAGCCAUGGAGGAGAGAUUUUUCUGCAUGUCCUUAGCAGUUCUCGAUCCAUUCUAGAAGAUCCUCCUUCUAUUAGUGAAGGGUGUGGAGGAAGAGUUACGGACUACCGGAUUACCGAUUUUGGUGAAUUUAUGAGAGAAAACAGAUUAACUCCUUUUCUAGACCCCAGAUAUAAAAUCGAUGGAAGUCUUGAGAUCCCUUUGGAACGAGCAAAAGAUCAGUUAGAAAAACACACCCGUUAUUGGCCUAUGAUUAUCUCACAAACCACCAUUUUCAACAUGCAAGCGGUAGUUCCAUUAGCCAGUGUUAUUGUGAAAGAAUUGUUGACAGAAGAAGAUGUUUUAAACUGUCAAAAAACAAUAUACAACUUGGUUGAUAUGGAAAGGAAAAAUGAUCCUCUGCCUAUUUCCACAGUUGGUACAAGAGGAAAAGGCCCUAAAAGAGAUGAACAAUACCGUAUCAUGUGGAAUGAAUUAGAAACGCUUGUCAGAGCCCAUAUUAACAACUCAGAGAAACAUCAAAGAGUCUUGGAAUGUCUGAUGGCAUGUAGGAGCAAACCCCCUGAAGAAGAGGAACGAAAGAAACGAGGAAGAAAGAGGGAAGACAAAGAGGACAAGUCGGAGAAAGCAGUGAAGGAUUAUGAACAGGAAAAAUCCUGGCAAGAUUCAGAGAGAUUAAAAGGAAUUUUAGAACGUGGAAAAGAAGAAUUGGCUGAAGCUGAGAUUAUAAAAGAUUCACCUGAUUCCCCAGAACCUCCAAACAAAAAGCCCCUUGUUGAAAUAGAUGAAACACCACCAGUGGAAAAAUCAAAAGGGCCUGUGUCCUUGUUAUCCUUGUGGAGUAAUAGAAUUAAUACUGCCAAUUCCAGAAAACAUCAGGAGUUUGCUGGACGUUUGAAUUCUGUUAAUAACAGAGCUGAGUUAUAUCAACAUCUUAAAGAGGAAAAUGGGAUGGAAACAACAGAAAAUGGAAAAGCCAGCCGGCAGUGAAAAGUGACUUGAGGAACUAAAUUAGCAAAUCACAAAUAUUUUGUGCAGAAUUUGAUACAAGUGCUUUUACAGCAAGAUUGUAUAGUUACGUUGCCUGGACUGGUUUUUAAAUUUUUAAAUAUUUCCACUAACUUUUAUCUUUUUUGUACUAACUAUAAAAUUGGCACAAAUAUCAAAAAGUGUACAUUUUAGAUUUGUCCUCCAAAAUUACACAAAUUUAUUUUAUGUAAAGGGUGUUCCUUCUGGAAGUGGUUUUUUAAAAAAAGUUCUUAGGCUUCUCUUUGCCAAAUAAAACUGUUAAGAUAUCUGAGAUG